AUGACUGGUUUCUGGAUUUUAAUUUUGAUCUUCAGCACCAUGUACACAGUCCAACCUGGUAGACGCUGGGUUACUGCACAAUCCCUCACAGAGUCACAAGUUUAUCAGCCUGAUAAAGAGCUCAGUGUGAAUAUCGGAGACUCGGCUACUCUACAGUGUUGUAUUUUAGGAAAUGAAUUCAGGAUAAUUUCCUGGUUUAAGCAACCAAACAGAAAAAAACCUCAGAUUGUAGUCAGGGUACACAAAACUACUGGAGAAACAUUUUUCAAUGGAUUUCAAAAGUCUCAUUUCCAAAUAGAAAGAUCUUCAUACUGCUUCAAUAUGAUAAUUUUAAACAUCAUUCAGUCUGAUGAAGCCAUGUACUACUGUGCACUCGAAUACCCAAACACUGUGUUUGCAGAUGGAACUUAUUUAAAAAUUAAAGGUGAUGAUGUUACUAUUUCAUCAGAAACAUCUAAACCAGCUCUGUGUGAUAAUUCAGUGGUGUGUGAACCAACACUGCAUGGAAACAACACUAACAUGAACACACAUGAGAAAACAGUGCUCGGUUUGGGAACGGCUUUGGGUUUGUGCGCACUUCUGAUUUUCUGUCUCAUUUAUUUCACACUGAGGAGAAGAAAAUUGAACGCCUCUAUAGACGACUCUCACGGAAUGAGACAGGAAUCUCAUUUCAACACCUUGAAUUAUGAAACUUUGCAAUUCUUCAUGAAUAAAGUCAAACCUGGAGGAAGGGAUGAUUUGGUGUACUCUGAUGUGAUGUAUGUGACACUGUAAUAUAUAACAUAAACGACCCAG